AUGAACUCUGAAUUUGCUAUAUCAAUAGUAACUGAACUUAUAGGACAAAUCAGAGCACCUACAGCUAUUAAUUACUAUUAUUUUAAAAAUUGUUCAUCAAAUAUAAAUGAUACAAAUCGUUGUUGUGAUAUAACUCGAUCAAUUAUAAAUAGUAUUAUUGGUUGUGGUGUUCGUCGUGUAUACAAUAAUAUAUAUUUGAAAUAUAAUCUAGAACAACAUAAUUUAUUUUGGUAUAAUAUGGAUUGUAAUCCAGGAAUAUGUCCAAUAUUAUCAAAAGAAGAAGGUGCUGGUCUAUAUCUUCAUGCAUCAGAGAUUCCAUUAAUAUUUGGCACUGAAAGUGAUUAUAGAUUAAUGAAUCCUGGGAUAAUCAAACACGAACAUAUUCAAAUAAAGUUAUUUCAUAUUGGAUUAAUAUGGCUACAAAAGGAGAACCAUUGA